AUGAUGCACCAAAAUUCACGUCGAGAUUCCAAAACGUUGACUCCAAAGCAACGACAAAAUAGACAAAAGCUAAAAAGAUUGAAGCAAAAGUUAGUAAGAAACAACAACAAAAAAAAAAGAGCGUGUAAUAACAAAAAUGAUGAUGUCUCUGUAAGAAACACAAAAAAUGAAAAUGUCUCUGAAAAAAACACCAAAAAUGACAGUACACCAAAAUUCAUGACAAGGCUUCAAAAGGGCGACACCGAAAGUGACGACUCCUCUAAACGACCAACGACUCCAAAAAAUGAUUUCGGAAAUGACGAUUCAAAAAGCGACGACUCCAAAAAGCGACCCAAAAAUGACGCAAAGCUGUAA